AUGCAGAAUUCACUCAGAGACACCCCAGUAGUGAGAGCCAAUAAUCACACUCUGAGCUUUAUUCUCCUUGUCUCCAUCAAGCUGAGCUUCCUCUCUGUGUUUCUGUUCCUCGGUCGCCCUGUGGAUAUAACCUGCAUGCUCCGGCAAACCUCCUUUGGGAUCACCUUCUCCAUAGCUGUGUCUUGUGUCCUGGCCAAGACUAUCAUGGUUUCCAUUGCAUUCAAAGCCACUAAGCCUGGGAGUCCCUGGAGAAAAUGGGUUGGGGUAAAACUGGCAAAUGGGCUUGUUUUUAUUUGCUCAUUAAUUCAGUUUCUGAUUAGUGUUAUCUGGUUGGUCAUUGCACCUCCUUAUGUAGAGAAAAACUUUCAUUCUGAACCUGGAAAAAUCAUCAUUCAGUGCAAUGAGGGCUCAUUAGUUGCCUUCUGGUUUGUCCUCUCCUACAUGGGACUGUUGGCAUCUGUGAGCUUCAUUGUAGCUUUCUUGGCUCGGAGCUUACCGGACAGUUUUAAUGAGGCCAAGUACAUCACUUUCAGCAUGCUG